AUGUUUCUUUUGUUUUGUUUUUCUUUACCUACCUUGGUGUUUGGGGCAGAAUUCACCUUACCUGGCGAGUGUCCGGAUGUGAAGAUUCAUGAGAAACUCGAUUAUACUAAGUUUUCAGGAGUAUGGUACAACGUGGCCAGUUACGCCAGCGAUGGCCGAGGUAUUUACGAUUGUGCCUCUUUGGACUUCCAAGAGGAUAACCUGGGUUAUACCCUGAGAGAGACCUAUGUUGAUUUAGACCAGGGGAAUAGGACUCAAAAGUCUUAUUUCGCGAGAGUAGACCCAACUUUUGACGCUGGAAAUAAGGCGCAGUUCAUCGUUAGUCAUGAGGACGGAGAUAAAGUUCUCCAGUUUCCAUUUUUCAUCCUGGCAACUGAUUACGAUAGUUACGCGAUUGCCUAUACGUGCAAGACUCUAAAGAAGAAAAUUCGUACACAUUAUGUAUUCACCUGGGUGUUAUCAAGAAACAAGGAAGCCUUACACGGUGAAACACUGAAAAACAUCGAAACAGCGUUAUCCAAAUAUUCAGAAUUGGCGGAGCAUAGACAAUCGUUUGUUUUAAAAGAUUUUAACGACGCCAGCUGCUCAUAUACAAAUAAAUAUGAAACAGACUUCUUCACUACUAACUUUUGGUGA